AUGUCUUACGUGACAUUACCCGGCUCGAUCGAACUGUAUUGGGUUAGUUACGGGCCGCGCCGAGACGAACAAGAUCCGUCUGGGCCGGGCACCACAUGGGCAGAACCCGAAAGCCCAUCGGCAUCCACUUCGACCUCGACCUCCUACCGAUCCAUCGAAGUCAACCCGGAUGGCUCGCUGGACCUCCGUACGGACGUCCCGACCUUGAUCGUCUUGGCGCCGAUCUGGCUUGACUUGAGCUAUUGCCAGUCCCUGUUCGAUCGCUUCGCGCGGCAAAACCAGAUCGUCGCCCUGGAGAAUCGGUCCCAUGGCCGAUCAACAAGGAGACCGUCAUGCCCUCGUUCGAGUUCUUCGUGUCGGCUUGCUUUCGGUAUAUAUCUGCUUGAAUCUCGUCUCUGUGUGAAUGUGAGACAUUCGAGUCGUUUUGUUUUUGUUUUGAUCGCGCCGUUUUUCGCUUCCAUCUCGUUCUGCUUUGUUGCACCAACCUUCGCCUAGCUAUCAAUCGAGCAUGUCCCAUACACCCAGUGAUCCUUCCCAACCUAACAGGAGGACGAGAGCUAG